AUGGCCACCAUUGACUUUUCGGACGUGGAGGCUUUCCUGGAUCGACAUCCCGAUUUCUUUGAGGAUUACCUGCUGAGAAAGGGCAAAGGCGAGUCGGUCAGCAAGUGGCUGAAGGAGCACAAGGCUGCCAAAGUUUCAGCCUCGGCUGGGGAAGAGAAGCAGAUCGUGGCCAGGGAGCCGGGCUGCAGCACCCGGGCUGAGGGCAUGCACAGGCGCUCAUCCCAGAAAGAGCUCAGGAGAAGUUUCGCCAGGUCGCGAGCCAUGACAUCCCACCGGACAUACGACGAGCAUACGUUCCUGAGAGCCCCGGACUCUCCCUUCAGCAGCGGCAGGAGAGCCCUCCUGAGGAAGGCCAGCUCUCUGCCCCCGACCACAGCCCACAUAUUGAGUGCCCUCUUGGAGUCCAGAGUGAACAUCCCACAAUACGCCUCUGCGGCCAUCGACUGCAAGUACAAACUCAAGGAAUCCAACGAGAGGGAAUUCUUCCUGGAGCUCGUAAAGGACAUAUCAAACGAUUUGGACCUCACCAGCUUGACCUACAAGAUCCUCAUCAACGUGUGUAUCAUGGUGGAUGCAGAUCGCUGCUCACUUUUUCUGGUGGAGGGGCCUCCCCACAAAAAGAAGUUGGUCUCAAAGUUUUUCGACGUUCACUCAGGGACCACGGUGGUGCCUUCCUCCAGUAUGGAGAACUCCAACGAGGUGCAGGUGCCUUGGGGGAAAGGAAUCAUUGGCUAUGUGGCUGAACAUGGGGAGACAGUCAACAUGGCCGACGCCUAUGAGGACCACCGGUUCAGUGAUGAAAUUGACAAGCUGGCAGGUUAUAAGACAAAGUCCAUUCUGUGCAUGCCGAUCCAGAACUGUGAUGGGGAAAUUAUCGGGGUAGCACAAGCCAUCAACAAAAACCCUGCAGGAGUGCCUUUCACUGAUGAUGAUGAGAAAGUACUGCUGAUGUACCUGCCAUUCUGUGGAAUAUCCAUUUCUAAUGCCAAACUCUUUGCAGCAUCCCGCAAGGAAUAUGAUAGAAGCAGGGCAUUGCUUGAGGUUGUCAAUGAUUUGUUUGAAGAGCAAACAGAGCUGGAGAAGGUUGUUCGGAAGAUCAUGCAACGAGCUUUGACCCUGCUGCAAUGUGAACGGUGUUCUGUCCUUCUACUGGAAGAUAUUGAAUCCCCUGUGGUGAAGUUUUCAAAGACCUUCAACCUGAUGUCUCCACUGUGUUGUGUAGACAGUGAAACCAGCAUGGAGAAAUUAUCCUGUUCUGAUUGGUUAAUAAACAACAGCAUUGCAGAGCUGGUUGCAUCAACAGGCCUGCCAGUGAAUAUCAGUGAUGCCUAUCAGGAUCCUCGCUUUGAUACUGAGGCAGACCAGAUGUCUGGUAUUCACAUACGCUCAGUGUUAUGUGUUCCCAUCUGGAACGGUAAUCAUCAGAUCAUUGGAGUUGCUCAGAUACUUAACAGGCUGGAUAGAAAAACAUUUGAUGAUACCGAUCAAAGAUUGUUUGAGGCCUUUGUCAUUUUCUGUGGUCUUGGCAUCAACAAUACAAUAAUGUAUAACCAAGUGAAGAAGUCCUGGGCAAAACAAUCGGUGGCUCUUGAUUUGCUGUCAUACCAUGCAACGUGCUCAAAAGUAGAGGUCGAUCGACUGAAGGCUGCAAAACUUCCUUCAGUGAGUGAGCUGGGAAUCGGGAGUUUUUACUUCAAUGAUUUUUCCCUUGAUAUUGAUGGAAUGAUUACAGCUUCAUUAAGAAUGUUCGUGGAACUGGGAAUGGUACAGAAAUUCAAAGUAGAUUAUGAGGUUCUGUGCCGCUGGCUGCUCACCGUAAGAAAAAAUUACCGUACUGUUCCCUACCACAACUGGCGUCAUGCAUUUAAUGUCGCUCAAUGCAUGUUUGUAAUGAUUACAACUGCUGGAUUCCAGGAAAUUCUAUCUGAUAUCGAAAUCUUAGCUUUGAUGGUGGGUUGUCUAUGCCAUGACCUUGAUCACAGAGGAACAAACAAUGCUUUCCAGGAAAAGAGUGGGUCUGCUUUAGCACAGCUGUAUGGAACGUCAGCCACUCUGGAACACCAUCAUUUCAACCAUGCUGUAAUGAUAUUGCAGAGUGAGGGACACAACAUUUUUGCCAACCUUUCGUCCAAGGACUACAGCAAUUUGAUGCAGCUGCUAAAACAAGCCAUCCUUUCCACUGACCUCAUGCUUCAUUUUGAGCAGCGCACAAACUUCUUUGAGUUUGUAAUGUCUGGGGAACAUAACUGGCGCCUUGAGAAGCGCAGGGAAAUAUUGAGAUCUAUGCUGAUGACAGCCUGUGAUUUAGGAGCAGUUACAAAACCUUGGGAGAUCUCUAAGCAGGUGGCUGAAUUGGUAACCAGUGAAUUCUUUGAACAAGGGGACAGGGAGAGGGUUGAGCUGAAGCUGACACCAGCUGCUAUCUUUGACCGAAAUAGGAAGGAUGAGUUACCGGGGCUUCAGCUGGAGUGGAUUGAUGGGAUCUGCAAGCCAUUGUUUGAGGCAUUGGCUAAGCUGAAUGGAAGGGUUCAGACCUUGGUGAAUGGAAUCAACGCAAACAGGACGAAAUGGGAGGAGCUUUACACAAUGUAUCGUCAGUCCCACAGUGCUGCAGAUGCUGCUAAUUGCACAUUGAAGAUUGAAGCAAUCAACUAG